GCGUCUCAGUGCUGCCCUCUACGGAACAAAUUAGACCCGACCCUUUUCUCUAGGCUCCUCCCUUCUUCUUCCUCUUUGUUCGUCGAAAUCGGGAACCAGAAUGCGCAAAGCCCUAUAUUUUGGGAAUGAAGAUUAUGUAACGGGUUCUGGGCAUCUGGGUCUGGGUCUGCAUUGAAAUCUUGGGAGGGUUUUGAUGGUGACUUUGGGGGUUUGUCUGAAAACUAAGAACUGGGAAAGAUUGGGGUUUUUUAUUUUUUGACUUUCGUCCGCCUCUCUAGUCUAGUGGGUUCGAAUUUAAUGCCAUGUUUUUGCCUUUAUUUCCUUGAAAUCUGGUGCCUUUGAACUUUUUUACUUCUUUUCAAGUGUGAAUGGUGGUGGUUUUCGCUGGCUUUUUGAAUCAAUGGCAAGACGUCAUGGUUGGGAACUCCCUGCCCACUCUCUACAGGUCGUGGCUAUAACAGUUUUCUUCCUUCUUUCUGUUGCAUUUUAUGCAUUCUUCGCUCCUUUCCUUGGAAAGGACAUCUAUGAGUACUUAGCCUUAGGCAUUUAUUCAUUUCUGGCGCUCUCUGUGUUUAUACUUUAUGUGAGAUGCACAGCUAUUGACCCUGCCGAUCCGGGGAUUCUAGUUGAAGCUGACAGGGAAUCAGCUUACACAUCCCAUCACGGCACAGAAUUGCCUGGUAAUUUAUCUACAACUGGAGAGCCCACUAAAUUAAGACUGAAGAAUGGAGAACAAUCGUACAGGCAGGAUACAGGUUGCUGUUCAAAAAUUGGAGGUUGCCUAUGUGGCUUUCUUGUGAUACCGGACUGCCGCAAAGAUGAAGAUUCUGGGGAACAAAAUGAUGAUGAGGAUGGAUUGUUUUGCACGUUGUGCCAUGCUGAGGUGCGGAAGUUCAGUAAACACUGCAGAAGCUGUGACAAAUGCGUUGAUGGAUUUGAUCAUCAUUGCCGGUGGCUGAAUAAUUGUGUGGGUAGAAAAAACUACAUCACAUUUGUGUGCUUAAUGGCUGCAAGCCUUCUCUGGCUUGUGUUUGAAUGUGCAGUGGGAGUUGCAGUCCUUGUUCGUUGUUUUGUUGAUAAAAAAGCUACAGAGAGUCAAAUAAUUGACAGGCUCGGUGACGGAUUCUCUCGCCCACCAUUUGCCACUGUAGUGGCGCUUUGUACAGCCGUUUCCCUUUUGGCAACAGUGCCUUUAGGAGAAUUGUUCUUUUUCCACAUCCUUCUAAUAAGAAAGGGCAUCACGACGUAUGAAUAUGUUGUCGCUAUGAGGACCCAAAGUGAGCCACCUGGACCAUCUGCGGACGGAGGAGAUCAACAAAGCUUACCUUCUUCGCCAACUAGUUCGGCUGUCACUGCCGUGAGUGCGAGAAGCUCGCUCGGAAAGGGCCUGCAAUAUAAAGGUGCUUGGUGUACACCCCCUAGGAUAUUUAUGGAUCAUCAGGAUGAAAUUGUCCCUCACCUCGAGCCAGGCCGUCUUCCGUCAACAGUCGAUCCAGACACUGUACAACCCGACAAAGGCAAAAGAGUAUCUCAACGCCCCAUCCGAAUCAGCGCCUGGAAGCUCGCAAAACUGGAUUCCAACGAGGCCAUCAAAGCCGGCGAGAAAGCUCGAGCUUCAUCAUCAGUUCUACGACCAGUAACCUCUCGAUCUCACCACAACGACACCGACCACAUAUCCAGCACUACGAUGAGCCACAUAAGCAGCCCCGCCAGCACACGGCACGGCUACUACGACCCCCACACCACCCUACCGGCUACAUCCGCCAAGAGCUCGUAUCCCCCCAGCCGAGCCAGUAGGGACGAAACUGACCACAGCAUCAGCAACAUGAGCAGCCCCAUUGCGGCGAACAACCUCAGCCCGUCGCCUCUCGACCACCACUUCAACCCCAUAUAUCAGACAUCAUCUGUGCAGUCUCCUGUAUCCGCAAAAGCAGCAGUCCAAGCUCCGAUGAGAAAAGCCAAUCCAACCAGCCAUGCAGACACCGCGAAAUCGUCUGUUUAUUGGGAUCCAGAGGCGGGCAGGUUCGUGUCUUCUGCAACAAGGAGUAUUGGCGGGUCGUCCUCCCAGACUUGUGGCGCUACGACGGAGCUUACGUACACUGGCCCAUCGAUAUUCUUUGGCGGGCCGCUUGUGAGCGAGCAGGCUGGCAGAGGCGCAAGAUCUGCGCUUCCGCCGGGCGCUUCGCAGAGGAGCUCGAGUUCGAGUUAUUAUCAGCAGGGGAGAUCUCAGCGAGGGGGUCAGCUUCCUGUAUUUGUCCCGAGUGAUUCGCAACAGCAGAAUCAAUUUUCUUCUCAGUUGGAUUAAUGUUGGAUUCGGACAUGAAUUGACCUGAUCUGUUCGUCUAGACUGUAGGAAAACGAUGAUUUAAUGUGACUUUUGGAACCAAGUUAAAUUUUCUCAUUGUCUAAUUUGCUGUGUCUCGAAUCGAAGAAUUCAUUUUAUUUUGAUUCAAAAUAAUUUAGGA